GGCAGCUCCUCGGCGCGGGGGGAAGGAAUCAGUGUGACACACUGUGGCCAAACGUCAACAAUGUGAAAAGGAGGGUUCUUGGAACACACCACUUUGAGGGAGUUAACCAAGAUGGCCACCUGCCGGGUUCCACUAGUCUUGUUGGCCUGUGGCUCUUUUAAUCCAAUCACCAACCAACACAUGAGGUUGUUUGAGCUCGCCAGAGACCACAUGCACAGCACAGGCCGGUACCAGGUGGUGGGUGGCAUCGUGUCUCCAGUGAGUGACGGCUACGGAAAACAAGGCCUGGUACUGGCUAAGCAUCGUAUCGCCAUGGCAAAGCUGGCGCUGCAGAGCUCCAACUGGGUCACAGUUGAUGGAUGGGAGAGCCAGCAGCCAGACUGGACGGAGACGGUGGUCACUAUGAGGUAUCAUUAUGGGCGUGUUCUGAAAGAGCGUGAGAGGAGCAUGGGAGCUCAGAGUGGAGACACCAGCCCCCUCUCAAAUCCGUCUCCCCAGCUGAAGCUCCUGUGCGGAGCAGACUUCCUGGACACCUUCAAGAUCCCGGGCAUGUGGCGGGACGAGCACGUGGAGGAGCUGGCCGGGCAUUUCGGCCUCGUCUGCGUCAGCCGGGGGACGCUCCAGCCCGAGCGGGCCGUGCACGAGUCGGACACGCUGUCCCGCCACGCGGGCAACAUCUUCCUCGUGAGGGAGUGGGUGCGGAACGAGACGAGCGCCACAGAGGUCCGGAGGGCGCUCAGACGAGGCCUGAGCGUGAAGUACCUGGUCCCGGACCCCGUGAUAGACUACAUUCACCAGCACGACCUCUACACGGAGGACAGCGAGAGGAGGAACGAGGGCUCGGUGCUGAGGCCGCUCGUCAAACAAGCGCAGCGGCCGGUGAAGAGUUUAGAAGACUGAGAGAGCUUCAGGGAACGGAAGCUCUGUUUACUUCCUGCUGUGGGGAAGCUGUUUUAUACAUCCGGCCUGCAAAGAAACACAUUUGGUCUAAAACGUGUCUUCCAGCCGUCACUUAUUUUCAGUAGAAAGCGUCUACCCACGCUGUGCUGUCUUUUGAUUCAUGAGCCUCAUCCUUGUGCCACUGUGUCAGUUGCAGUAGUUUAUUAAAAGUUUCUCACCCCGUCUAGUUUUACAUAAUAAAAGCAUUUGUAUUUUGAA